GUUCUAUAUCAAUAAAUAUCAUUUGAACUGAACAUAAAAGUCGAAACACACAUAAAAACUGAGGACAGAAAUGUUUUAAAUUUUGUUUUUGGAUUACGUACUAUUCAAUUAAACAAAAAACAGGAUGGCAGUUACAAAGUGUUUUAUAAGUGUUUUGUUCCUCGGACUUUUACCUGUCACACUAGCUAUGUUAGAAACCUUGGAUUACCCGCUUCCUUAUGCUCAGUGUCUUUAUAAAAUGUGGAAAAAGUCUCAUGGAAUACAUAAAGAAGUGGCACUUAGUAUAUAUCACCAGUGUUACUCCAACUACCGAUGGAAGACGUCACAAUUAAGAAACUUUGCCGCAAAGAACGUGACAGCGGCUACUAUUACGUAUACGGGUAAUCUAAUCACUAGUGCUUUAAAUAGAAUCGAACACAGCCAAAGAAUGAGACGACAAGGCUUAGAUACACGGAGAGUCCGCAAAGAGUAUCGAGUAAUGACAGAUGAUGAACGCACCAGGUACCAUGACGUCAUCAACAGACUUAAGUACGAGGAAAAGAUCGAUGGAGAGUCCAAAUACGAUGUGCUGGCCUCUUUCCAUUCUGGUGCCACGCAAUACACAGCUCAUGGCGGAUGUAAUUUCUUGGGAUUUCACCGUUUAUACAUUCUAAUGUACGAAGAAGCUCUUAUGCAGGUGGAUCCUGACGUAACACUACCUUACCUCGAUUCCACCAUGGAUUAUAACAUGGGACUGGAAAACAGUGCUAACUCGAUGAUAUGGCAUGACGACUUCUUUGGUACGAAAGAGGGAUUCGUCACUUCCGGGCCAUUUGCAAACUGGAAUACAACGAUUGGACAGCUCUUCAGAAAUGUUGGAAUUUCUGGUAGACCAAUGAAUGAUGACGAGAUAAAGAACAUCACAUCGUGUACGAGAAUGCAUGAAGUAUGCGGGGAUGACGCUACGACUUUUAACGAUAUAGAAUUCAUACAUGGCCCCUUUCAUUUGUUCAUUGACGGAAAUAUGGGUAUCAUAGAAGUGGCCUCUGAGGAGCCUGCUUUCUGGAUGCACCACGCUUUUGUUGAUUAUGUGUGGGAAAUGCAAAGAGAGAACGCUAAGGCGAGUGGAGUCGACAUCGAGAAUGAUUAUCCCGAGUUGUUUGGCGACGUCUAUCAUGGUCCAGAAGAGCCUAUGGGUGACAUGAUGGAGGGUCUCAGCGUUCGUGACGGUUUGAGUGAGGUUUACACAAAAGACAUCUACAAAUACGCUCCACGACCAACCUGCUCUGCUGAGAAACCUGAUUGUGGUUCCCCUUAUCUCUUAUGUGUUCAGAAUGAUAAAGCCGAGUAUAAAUGUCGUUCAAUGAGUAUAGAAGAAUAUGAGGAAUUUAAAGCAAGUGGUGGUGGGCACACAGGCAUCACCACAACUACAACCACAACAACGACCACUACCACAAGUACAACUCCACAGCCAACCACAACACCUAAAGUCUGCCCCACCCUUGGGCCACCAUACCCCCCUCCACCAAAGAAUAAGAAAGGAGAUCUUCAUAAACCUAUCCAGAAUUCCUUCUGUGUCAACGGUAAAAAGAAUAUUAAUGAAUGGAUUUACAUCCCUGUCAGAGUCACAAUUCGUAGACCGACAGAUUUUGGGAACUAUGGAUCAUAUCCUGUUGUUAACGGAAAAGCAAUGACAAACACAGACAUUUACUCGUCAAAAGGGUAUAGCAAUUUGAACAGAUACAUGCGCAAUGGAAGAAAACCUGCAGACUAUGGAAGCUGUAAAAGUACAUAUAGUGGAGCCGGAGAGAUCUAUAUUCAAACAGAUGGUCUUAACUACGACGGAACGUACAAGGAAUUCGCUAUUGUAGAUCAUAGGUUGGCAGUGUCAGUUUCAAUUGCAUACGUUGCUAUCAAAAAUCCCGGAUCAGGACAGUCCGACGUUCUGAUUUCAGCUUAUGAUUCAUGUGGACGAGUUUGUCGUCCAUCUUGUCUUGUUCCUGGUACUACAAAUCUUUAUCGACCAUGUGCAGGUGCUCUUCGUGUAAACACAAAACAGCCUCUAAUGUUUGGGAACAGUUUUGGUGAUUCAGUUCUUGGAGUCUGGGACUUUAACACAGAAAGGUCUUGUCCUCAGUUUAACAUCAACCAAAUUUAUGUAUCAUUUUACUGUGACUAUAGUGACCGCUGGCCUUGGCAAACAGCACUCAAUCAGCCAGGUGUUAAGGGUCCAGAAAAGCCCCCAGCUGGAGUAAAGGUCAGCCGAAAGUCAAUGAAACCAAGUCCACUACAAAGUGUCAGUGCUCCUCAGCUGAUGCUGAAGGCUCCAGUCAAUGCCCCAUUGACCACCACAGAAGCUAUCCCAGCAAGUCCACUAAAGAAAUGUCCAUUGCCUAAUAAAGGAUGUACAAUACUAAAGGCAGACUGCGAUGCUGCGUGUGACGCGGGAAAGUAUUAUCAGUGUGUGGACUCGUGUGAUCGGUUUGCAAGAUGCUGGGCAGGGUUUUACUUUGUCCAGCAAUGCUACAAGGCUCAUUUUGAUCCCAAAGAAGGCAAAUGUAAACUGGGCAAAGGUCACUGUACGGAUCAAGAAUGGAAUCCCGGAAAAAGACAGAUGGGUCGAAGGAAGUUCGGCGGUGUACGCGGGUUUGGGAUUGGUAAAUAAAAUAUUUACUGCAUCCCUAGUUCAUGGAAAAUACCAAAAACUACUAAUGAAUUUUAAAUAAAAAUCUUGAGGUUUGCAAAAGAAAAUAAAUUUUAUUUUAGGAAAAUUCAAUUUCCAUUUCGAUUUUCUUUUGCAAAUAACAAGUCAAGAAAAUCCAGUAGAUAUAUAAACAACUCGAGAGAUCUCUAAUUGUAACGGAAAGUGCAAUGAUUUUUCUAAGGGAAAAAAAUCAUUUACAAAGUGCAAUAUUUUGUUUUUCGUAUGUGCCAUAUUUAUUUUUGCAUUAUGUCUCUAAAUGAAACCACGACAAGUCCCAAACAAUAUUGACAAUAUCAAUAUUCAUGCAGAGUCUACAAAUCGUCUUGAUGGCUGUUGUUUAUAUAUUAAUGUUCUGGAAUCAUGAUUAGAUUUGUAGAAUAAAGCAUCAAUCAAAUCCCUCCGCAAGCAUGUGCCAAAUUUGUCUUUUUGUCGUCAAUAUAUGCAGUGUGGUUUGGGUCUGGUUUCAAUUUGUCUUCAUAUACUUUCCUCGGCUCUUGGUAGAGAGAUCCGUGGAAAAAUCUGUGAUUGAAUGGACAGAAUAGUGCUACUUCAUCCAUUUUGUAAUUUAUUUAUAUUCAUUUAUGUAAUUUAAUCACAUUUUGACUUGUUUUAUACAUAUUUUAAAUGUGUCUUUUGAAAAUAAAAAGAUAUUUAUUAUUAUUUAUA